AUGGAGCCCCCCAUGGAGCCCCCAGGCAAGCAGCCCCCGCAAGAGAGCCCACCCGAGGACCCAGCCCCUGAGGCCGCCCCCAGUGCGCACAUUCUCUACGUGGACCACUUGAACCCCCAGUUCUCGGUGCCCGUGCUCGCCUGCCUGCUGCGGGACAUGCUAGAGCGGCUGGAGCUGCCAGUGGCACGCGAGCACAUCGAGGUGGUGAGGCGCCCACGGAAGGCCUACGCGCUGGUGCAGGUGACGGCCCACGAGGCCACUCUGGCCGCCCUCCCCUGGCGCCUGCAAGCGGCCCUGGAGGAGCACCAGAUCCCCAAGGAGCUGGUGGCCCGCGGGAAGGAGCUGGUGCUGGGUGAGGGCCCAGGGCCCUCGAGCGGCAAGGAGGAGGAGGACAGCGGCCCAAGUCCCCGCUCCUACCCCAGCCCCGCCCACAGCACCCCAGCGCGGGCCCGGCGGGCGUCCCGGGGCCAGCCCGGCGGCACGCGCUCCGACAGCGCCAUCGUGCGCCAGGAGAUCGAGGGUCAGGAGCGCCUCUUCCAGGGCGCCUUCCUGGGCAAUGAGACGCGCAGCGUGGAGUUCAAGCGAGGGGGCGGCGAGUACCUGAGCCUGGCCUUCAAGCACCACCUGCGGCGCUACGUGUGCGCCUUCCUCAACAGCGAGGGCGGCAGCCUGUUCGUGGGCGUCGAGGACAGCGGCCUGGUGCAGGGCGUCCGCUGCGGCCACCGCGACGAGGACCGCGUGCGCCUGCUAGUGGACUCCAUCCUGCAGGGCUUCCAGCCCCAGGUCUUCCCCGACGCCUACACGCUCUCCUUCAUUCCGGUGGUCAGCGCCUCGGCCGGCAGCACGCCCCUCAAGGUGAUCCGCCUGAGCGUGCACGCCCCCAAGGCCCAGGCUGAGCCGCAGCUCUAUGAGACCGACCAGGGGGAGGUGUUCCUGCGGCGGGACGGGAGCAUCCAGGGCCCGCUGUCCGGCCACGCCAUCCAGGAGUGGUGCAGGCAGAAGUGGGCGGCAGAGCUGAGCAAGCUGGAGCAGAGACUGACGGCGCUGACCGCGGAGAAGGAGCAGCUCCAGCAGCAGCUGCAGCAGCGCGCGCCGGUCUCCUGCACCUGCUGCGUCCUGUGA